GAUAAAUAGUCCGUUUUUCUGCGUGACAAAUACGAUUUGUGGUGAGACAAAAGACUGACAUUAGGGACUGUCACGUUAAUGCGUGACACUUGACAGCUCUGUGAAAACAUACCUGACAAUAAAGAUCGUUCCGAUUCUGAUUCUAAGUCAAUAAAACCCAUGGAAAAAAAAAGACAAGGUCAUAAUGUGUGACCUCUUUGGCCUUCCACAUGAGCCCGAAGGCAGUGUAGAACACAAACAGACCGCGCAGUGAUUCAUCACUUAGUUUUCUUUCUAAAGCGGAAAGUUUUCCUCAGGAAACGACAACAAGACACUUUUACAGUAAAAGGAAGACUUUAAAACUUCUACUUUAGUCUCAUGACCUUGCUCUGUAAGUCGGUUUGACCCGGAAGCGCUGUGACAUGGAGAAGUCAGGAGGAGUGUUGAGCAGCUUCUUCAGACGCGUUCCCAAACCGCCUCAUGACCAGGCUGAUGGGGGCUCAGACAUCACAGAGAAGAAAACCAGAGCAGAUGAAACCCCUCAAGUUCCUCCAAGACCCAGUGAGGAGGAGAUCAGAGACUCCAUCACAUACCGUCUGAGUGUGAAUCCAACUGAUCUGGAUCUUAAUCAGCAGGUCAGAGGAGGUGAAGAAGAAGGACGUCAGGAUGAUCUGUCAGUAGAUGGACAGUCACACAGCAGCAGUGCUGAUCUUCCAGAGGAAUCAGGAUUGCUGAGCGGCUUUUCCAAGUUCUCUCCCGGACAAGAUAAGAACUGUGCUGAAGGCCGGGACGCCGGUGACGAGUGUGUUAAUGAAGCCACUGCUGCAGCUGAGAAACAAGAGCUACAGCCAAAGAAAUAUAAAGUAAAGAAAAAGAAGAAUCCCUUCAUGCCUCAUGUGACUGUUAUGAGUAAAGCGAAUCAGAAGAGAAGCGGAGAAGACGCCACUGAGAAGACCAUCGUGCAGCAGCUGGAGGAGUUUCGUCUGGAUCGAGAUCACGGCGAAGACGAGGAGGAUCUGGACAGCCUCAUGGCGUGGUGGAGCACAGUGACACAAUGGGAGCCCAUGAUCAAAGAUGAAGAUAUGACGGAAAAGGAGGAGGCCAAGGCAUUCGCGUUAACAGCCGAAAAAGUGCAGCAGGGAAUCCGUGUGUUUAAUCAGCUGUUUUCAGAGCGAGCAGAAGCUCUUUGGCAGCACAUCAUCGACCUCAACCACAUCGCUGACGCUCUGGACCGCUUCAACAAAAGGGCCAAAGUGGCCCAGAUCACAGGCGGCUCCACCAGCGCUGUUGGGGGCGUGGCCACUAUAACAGGCCUCGCCCUGGCACCUGUUACUAUGGGAACAUCCCUGAUCGUCACAGCAGUGGGUCUCGGUGUGGCCGCGGCCGGCGGGUUAACGUCGGCUUCAGCCGCUAUCUCCAACACCGUCCACGGCUCGCUGGACCGUAAGAAAGUGGAACGGAUCGUGAAGGACUUCCAGAGCAAGAUGGCCGACAUUGACAAAUGCACAAGAUUCAUCAAACGAGGCAUCGAAAACCUGCGAGAGUUAAAUGCUCCCAAGGUGAAGAAGCUAAAGGCAUACGAUAAUGAUUUCUCUGGGAUCAACGAUAUCUACGAGGAUGGUGCCAUGGCAGGCAAAGCAGUGCUCAUCAAUGCCAACGAGAUCACCAGGUUCACACAAAUCACCAUGACAACAGGCGCCACAGCAGCCAGAGCAGUACAGGUUGCAGCCAUGGCAACGGGUAUCCUCACCGGUCUCUUUGUUGCCAUGGAUGUUUACUUCGUAGCAAAGGAUUCUCAUGAACUUAGGAAAGGAGCCAAGUCAGAAUUAGCCCAAAAGAUCAGGGAGGUGGUAGAGCAGCUGCAUCGAGGACUGGUGGAGCUCAAUAUCAUCCGAGAGGAGCUGCAGUCUUCAGAACACCCCACGUCCUCCACAAUCUCCAUCUCCAGUCCUUCAUCCUCUGUUUCCACCUCAGACUCCGUUGACGCCACCUCCUUUACCUCCUCUUCAUCCACCUCUGGCAUCUCUAGCUCCUGUAGGACCUCCUCCACGUCUCCCAGCCCCUGUGUUUCCUCUUCUCUAUCACACAACACUGAAGCACACACAGAACCUCCAGCUGAGUCCUAAGUGCUCAUGGUAGCAGCAGAGCAUGACAUCACCAUCAUGAUGAACCAGUUAUUACAAACAGCGCAGUCCAAAAGCUUGUGUUGUUUUUGUAGCUCCAAAUUUCCUUCAUUACAAUUGAUUUUAUCAGCAACAAACAUGAAUGUAGAUUAAGAUCUCGGUAUUUGGAACCUACUUGCUUGCAUUAUUGACUCGAGCUGGCAUGCGCUCACGUCUCCACGCGUAAAACCUGACCGACUCUAUUAGAUACCAAUCAAGGAAAGUCGGACAUUUUGUACAAAAGACUCAAUCAGUAUCACACACAGCUGAAUAUAAACAACGAACGUUCAACAUAAACUUUUUAUUUAA